CUACCAUCUCUGAUUGACUUAGCCGUUAAACGGUUGGCUGGCCUUGGACUUCUCGUUUCGACAAGGGCAGCUGCUUGGGAUACGGCCACUGCGCAACGCCUCGAGGAAGCUCAGUCGAGCCAGGCCGACGCGGUGGCGAUGCACAUGCAGCAGAACGGCGGCUCUUCGACCGCGGUCAUGGAGCUUGGGCCGAUUUACAUGAAGCCAAUUCCGACGAAGCCAGAACCGAUCACGGAUGUCGCAGCCCGCGGACCGAGCCGCCAGACUAGUAGCAGAGACAGCGACGGCAGUGGUCUGGAGCUCGGUGACGGCCCGCCCCCAGACACGGCGGCGGAGGCCGUACAGAGAUGGAACUACCCCCGAAAAAACAUCACCCGGGUCGCUGCCUGCUUCUGGUGCUUUGUCGUGAUGGGGGCUAACGAUGCUGCUUAUGGUCCUCUAAUCCCAUAUAUUCAAGCCCACCAUGGUCUUACGUACCUCGUUGUUUCGCUCAUCUUUUUGACGCCGGCUGUGGGCUACACAUCAGCGGCAUUCCUGAAUAACAUGAUCCAUCUGAAGCUAGGCCAGAGAGGUGUUGCCCUGAUGUGUUCGGGAUGCCACAUACUGGCCUACGUGCUCAUGGCCGUCCACCCGCCGUACCCUGUCAUGAUAGUCGCGUUCAUGAUUGCAGGAUUCGGCAACGGAAUCGCGGAUGCCGCCUGGAACGCGUACAUCACCAACAUGGAGCGCGCAAACGAGCUGCUCGGCUUCCUCCACGGCCUCUACGGAGCCGGCGCCGUCUUGAGUCCUCUCAUCGCCACAACAAUGAUUACCAAGGCGAACUUACCCUGGUAUACGUUCUACUACCUGAUGAUCGGUAUGGCCGUACUUGAGCUCAUCAGUUCCGGCUUCUGCUUCUGGACGGCAACUGCUCGCGACUACAGGGAAUCCAUUUCCAAGCACUCCAGCACGUCCAACGGAAGCCUUAAAGAGGCACUAUUCAAGAGACCCGGCGCUCGCGUAACCUGGUUAUGUGCGUUGUUCUUGCUCGGCUACGUCGGCGCCGAGGUUGCCCUUGGUGGUUGGAUCGUCGAGUUUAUGAUCCAGGUGAGGCAAGGCGAGCCUUUCGCUAGCGGGAUGACGGCCACCGGAUUCUGGCUCGGCUUGGCGAUCGGGCGUGUCGUCCUCGGCUUCAUAACGCCAAGGAUAGGAGAGAAGCGCGCGAUUAUGAUAUACCUCCCACUGACCAUGGGACUCGAGCUCCUGUUUUGGCUCGUGCCUCAGUUCAUCGUAUCCGCGAUCGCCGUAGGGCUUCAGGGCUUCUUCCUUGGUCCUCUUUUCCCUGCCGUCAUCGUCGCGGUAUCGAAGCUGCUCCCCCGACACCUCCACGUCAGCGCCAUCGGAUUCGCCGCAGCUUUCGGCGGCAGCGGGGCCGCGAUCUUGCCCUUCGCUGUCGGCGCUAUCGCCCAGGCUAAGGGCGUGCAGGUUCUACAACCAAUUAUCCUCAGCAUACUAGGCAUCAUCUUGGUAUUCUGGAUUGCGCUGCCGAGGAUGGAUAAGAAGAAGGAGUGACAGAAAGGGAUUAGACGACGGCUAGCCGUUCGAGGUACUGAUGCGGUAUGUGUACCUCAGUGAUGGCAUUAUGUAAACGACUAGAAAAGACGGACUCGGCGUUGGGAAA